AUGGGCGUUACACCACUUCAUAUAGCUACGCGUAAAGGUUAUAAUGCUAUUGUUGCAGAUCUUCUUCGUGCAGGGGCAAAUCCAGAUGUCUUAGAUUUGCUUGGACAGAAAGCAAUUGUUUAUGCAAAUCCAAAGACAAAAGCUGUGUUCGACUUCGAGCUCAAACAAAAUACUCCAGAAGAGGAGGAAAAGGAUGAGGAGGAAGAACCAGAUGAUGAAUAA